CGCGACCCUCGUACCGGAGUCGCCCCCUUGCCGCCGCCGUCCUGCCGCCCAGAGAGCACCAUGGCCAGCGCCACGCCCAGCGUCGACAAGAGCGAGUCCGUGGCUGUCGCUGCGUCCUUGUCCGAGUCUCCAUCCCCCUCUGUGAAGGGCGCUAAGGCUAAGAAGAGUAAGACCAGCAAGGACAAGGCGGCUGUUGCGGCCGUUGUGGCAACUCAAGCCUCGAUGGACGAGGCCGACACCUUGGGCAACUUAAGCCUGGACCACCCGUACCUGAGCGUGCUGUACAAGCGGCUGCGCUCGCACCGCAAGAAGCUCGAGAAGAUCAAGGGCCUGGAGGCGGCGCAGGCCGCGGGCGACAAGCGCCUCAACGCGCAGCAGCUGGAGCUCAUGGGCAGCAAGGCGACGCUGGAGAAGCUCGUGGCGGAGCUCGAUUUGCUGCGCGAGCAGUUCGUGGGCGUGUUCACGCAGGAGCUGGAGCAGAAGAAGCAGCAGGAGGAGGCGAAGAAGGAGAAGGAGAUUGCGGCGUCUGGAGAGGAGACUGAGGCUGCGGAGCAGGUGCAGGAGACAGAGCAGGAGGAGCAGGUUGCAGAGCAGCAAGAAGCAGCUCCAGAGGAGGCCCAGGAGCUUCAGGAGGCCGUGGAGAAGACGGAGCAGCAAGAGAAGAAGAGCUUUGCUGACGUGUACGAGCUGCUGAAGACGCUGCACGUGGUGAAUCUGCACCAGGCGCUGGGUAAGGAGGUCCCCAUGGUGCUGGACUUCUUCUCCAAGGUGCUGCUGGGCAACACGCGCCCGCCCGCUGAGCUGUCGUACGAGGAGAACCUGAUGGAUUCGCUGGAGGAGGCCAAGAAGUAUCUGACGGACAGCGACAAGGUGUUCGCGUGCGAUACGACGUACAGCGGCCUGCUGGUCGUGGUCGCAGAAGUGUCGGAUGUCCCGGUCGUGCCCGCCGAGAUCAACACCAUGCCGGAGAUCAGCUUCUUUACUGAGUCGCAGUUGGAGUCGGUGCAGGGUGAAGAGGCCGCUGAUGAGGUGGAGCAGAGCGAGGAAGUUGCCGAAUCUGUUCCUGCCCCUCCGCUCUCGUUUGCCGCAGUUACUGCGGGUCUGACGAGCGAGCGCACGCCGUCUCCCCCACGGGGCAAGAACACCCAACGUCGUCGAGGGCAGGGCCGGCGCUGGAAGGAGAAGGGGGAGAAGGGUAGUAAUAGUAACAGUGGCAACAAGUCCGCGGACGGGUCUCCGACGAACGGAUCCAAGCCGCGCCGUCCUCGCGCCCCGCGUGCAAGUGACGAGAACAGCGGCGCGCAGGGCGUCAAGAAUAACAAGUCCAAGGAAAACAGGCGCCCACGCGUUGAGCGCGGCUUGCGGAAGCAGAACAACAAUUCGCAGCAGCAUGAGGCUCCGAUGAUCGCUCCCCACGCAUGA